AUGUCACGCGUUCGAUCUGAAAGCAUUGGAUCGGGGCGAUCGACUCCAUAUUCGCGUCGACAUGUGAGUAACGAUACCUCAGGUGAUCAUGUUCCAGUCGAUUUUGGCUUUAUAUCGCACGUGAAAUCAGCAAGCGGAUCUGUUCAAAGUGCGGAUAGCCCGUCAAGAUCACGGACAUCAUCUUUUGGUUGUGGGCAAAGGUAUUAUGGCAUACGUGAUCCCGGUGAUAUUGUUGUACACGCUACAGAUGCAGACUUCGAAAACGCAGCAACUCCGGCACCCCGCCGAAUUUACGAAUCUUGCAAAGAACAA